AGUUAGCCACGUAGCUAACAAGUUGACAGACCAUACCGUUAAAAAUACAAAGGUUUUACCAUCAAGACAAUGUAUUAAGUCUGUGUGCAAGAUAAGAGGUAGUGUACACAUAAAGCCAGAUCACAUUUGGAGUACAUAACUUCGAACGACUGUACACCUUUUUGAGAGACCUGGCCUUUCGCUACUGUUAUGAUGAGCCCCACGCAGUGGGACCUGCCCCCCGAGCUAUGCUGCAGGCCCAUGGCUUUCGUGGCACUGACGGGUCUGGAUGUGGUGUACAAUGCUGUGCACCGGGCCAUCUGGGACGCAUUCUGUGCCAACCGGAGAGCUGACCGUGUGCCCAUCUCCUUCAAAGUCCUGCCAGGAGACCAUGAGUAUCCAAAGUGCCGCACAAAAAGAACCUCCUAUGAGUGGUACAUCCCAAAAGGGAUUUUGAAGACUGGCUGGAUGAAUAAGCACUUGAACCUUGUUCCAGCGCUGGUGGUGCUCUUUUACGAGUUGGACUGGGAUGAUGCCCAGUGGAAGGAGAAGCAGUCGGAAUGUGCCACCAAAGUGGAGAUUGUCAGAACAAGUCUGCAAGGCAGAAACACCAAGGUCGCUGUAGUCUUAAUCCAGAAGAAAACACCUCUUCCUCCAGGGGAGGAUGUAGUGGCCUCUGAGCGUGCUGCCGCCCUGUGUAAUGCCUGUGACCUGUCAGGGAAGUCACUCUUUGUGCUCCCCCACACUGACCACCUUGUGGGGUACAUCAUCAGAUUAGAGAAUGCCUUCUAUGAACAUGCCCAGACAUACUACUACACAGAAAUAAGAAGAGUCAAGUCUCACAAGGAGUUCCUUAACAAAACGACACACCAGUUACUGUUUGUGAGGCAUCAGUUUAAGAUUGGGUUUUUCAGUGAGCUCAAGCAGGAUACACAGAAUGCACUUAAGUACUACAGAACAGCAUAUGGCCUUGUCCAUGAGCUACGCGUUCAUGAAACCAACAUGCUGGAGAUCAAGACCAUGGCUGGCUUCAUCAACUACAAGAUCUGCAGGCUGUGCUUCCAGCACAACACCCCCCUGGAUGCCAUCGCUCAGUUCAGGAAGCACAUCGACCUAUGCAAGAAGAAGAUAGGCAGCGCCGAGCUGGCGUUCGAGCACACCGCCUGGAUGUCCAAACAGUUUCAGUCCUUUGGGGAUCUCUUUGAUGAGGCCAUUAAGCUCGGCCUCACUGCAAUCCAGACCCAGAACCCUGGCUUCUACUACCAGCAGGCGGCGUACUACGCCCAGGAACGUAAGCAGCAGGCAGGCCAGCUCUGCAGCCACGAGCCCAGUGUGGCCUACCCAGCCCCCGACCCUCUGGAGACAACAGCGGGAGCACUGGACUUCUACGGCCAGAGAUCCUGGAGACAGGGCCACCAGAGUAUUGACCCUCCAGACGCAGAAAAAGAGAAACUGGGCAUUCUGGCUCUCCAGAUGAAGGAAAAAGAUAUACCUCACUCGGAGCUUAUCAUUGCUUUGCUUAGCAAUGCUGUAGCCCAGUUCAAGAAGUACAAGUGUCCACGAAUGAAGAGCCACUUAAUGGUUCAGAUGGGAGAGGAGUACUACCAUGCCAAGGACUACACCAAAGCCCUCAAGCUGCUGGACUACGUGAUGUGUGACUACCGCACGGAACGCUGGUGGACCCUGCUCACCUCCAUCCUCUGCACCGCCCUCAAGUGCUCCUACCUGAUGGGGCUCAUCAAGGACUACAUCACCUACGCCAUGGAGUUGGUGGGGCGAGCCUCCACUCUACGCACUGAACAGAAGUCCAGGAUCGAGAAGAACCUCAUCAAAGUACUGAUGAACGAGGUGCCGGAGCCAGAGCCUGACUGUGACCCAGCGUCAGUGAAGGCUGCCCAGGCACUGUGGAACGACCGCGUCUCUCUGGCGGGAAACAACGACUUCACCGUGGACAUGCAGGAGUAUGUGCCCUUUGUCCAGUGUAAGGCCAAGUUCCUGUCGCCCAGUUUCCACGUGGAUGACCCAGUGCAGCUGCAUGUCUACCUGAAGGCUGACUGCCCACAUUCCCUUCGCUUCUCCAAACUGUGUGUGAGCCUGAGUAACCAGGAAUACAACCAGUACUGCCUGGUGGAGGAGCCGUGCAAGUCCAAAGACAUCCUCGAGCCGUCCACCCAGGAGAACAUGUGUCUAGUGCCCGGCAAGACACGCAAGUACUGCUUCAAGUUUGUGGCCAAGACUGAAGAUGUGGGAAAGAAGAUAGAGAUCACUGGCGUGCACCUGAUGCUGGGCAGCGAGAGCGGCCGCUGCGUCUAUCUGAACUGGCGGGGCGGAGGCGGCGACGCAGGCUCCUCCCAAGAGGCCGUGCAGGCGUCCCGCUCUUUCAAGAGGCGCGGCCGUGCCCCGGAGCAGCAUGUGGACUGGGACAUGGUGACCAUUCAGGCCAGCACCAUGGUUAUUUCCAGGGUCCCCCGUAUCUCAGUCCAGCUGCGUCAUGAGCCCCCAGCGCUCAACAACGAGAUGUACUGCAUGGCCCUGACCAUCCAGUCCCAGGAGGACACUGUGGCCAGAGAUGUUAAGCUCACAGCUGGCCUCAAACCAGGCCAGGACGCAAACCUCACCCAGACGACCCACGUGACCCUGAAUGGAAGUGAGGUGUGUGAUGACUCCCAUCCGGCCUUGCUCACUGACCUCCCCAUCGGAGACCUGCAACCUGGAGAGAAGAUUGAAAAGCUUUUGUAUGUGCGCUCAGUCAGCACCGGCUCACGCAUCUUCCUCUUUCAUGUGGCCUACACCAUGAGCACUACCGUGGAGGGCAAGGAGAUCACCUGCAAGUGCCACAAGGAUGAGACUGUCACCAUAGAAACUGUCAUUCCAUUUGAGGUGACCACCAGGUUUGUUUCUAAAAAGUUUGAGAACUUGGACAGGGUGUUCGUUGACAUCCCCUUCUUGCUCAUGACUGACAUCCUGAGUGCGUCGCCAUGGCCACUGCACCUGGACACCAGCCGGCUGGACCUUGCUCCAACUAUGGCUGCCAUCGACCAGCUGCAAUCACAGCUAGAGGAAGAGGUGCUCCAGACUGGGGAGUGUGCCAGCGAGUGCUUUUGUCUCAAGUGCCCCCCGGUGGCCAACGGGAGCAGCACAGUGGCAUCGGGGCAGUACAUCAUCUCCUGGAAGAGGAAAUCUACCUUCGCUGCAACCCCAAUGAUCAACACUGUUGUCACCCUCCCUCAUGUUAUCGUCGAAACCAUUCCAUUAUACGUGCACGCUGACCUGCCUUCGUUCGGCCGCGUGCGUGAGUCUCUGCCAGUGAGGUACCGCAUUGAGAACCGCACGGCCCUGGUGCAGGACGUGGAGAUGUCCGUGGAGCCCAGUGAUGCCUUCAUGUUCUCCGGCCUCAAACAGGUGCGCAUGCGUAUCCUGCCGGGUGCGGAGCAGGAGAUGCUGUAUAAUUUCUACCCGCUGAUGGCGGGCUACCAGAGCCUGCCUCUGCUCAGCGUGACCCUGCUGCGCUUCCCCAACGUUCCCCCGCAGUUGCUCCAGCGGUUCCUGCCCUCGCGCAUCUUUGUCAAGCCUCAAGGAAGAGCUGGUGACGCCUCAAUAGCAGCUGCAUAGGAAGAGCUGGGAGUUUGUUUACUGGAUUACUUUUUGUGAAUGAAUUAGCCACUGUUAUUCCUGACUGGGUACAUUUCCAAGACGAAAAUCAUCAUGCCCGGAAUUCUUUUGCCUGCUAGUAGAGAGCGUUGCCUUUGUUUGUAUGUCAUUGGUCUCACUGUGUAUUUUAUUGUUAAUGUAUUUUCAACUCAACUAAUGCAUUUUAACAGGCUUGGCUAAAACAGAAAACAUAUGUAAACACAGCUGUAAUUUAUGUUAAUCACUAAAGGUAUGGCAAAUCAUUAAACUUGUGAAGAAUUGA